GGUUGCAAAUGCAAAACUUAACAAUUUUUCUCGUCUGGAGCCUACACUUCACCUCCUUGGUGUACAGUUUAAUGAGAAUGUGGCCCAAGACAUAAUGACAGGACAGCAUGGGGCUGCAACAAAGCUUUUAUAUGAAUUGUAUAUUGCUUUAGGAAAAAAGAGAAAGGCAAAGCUUACUGGAGUAGCCAUGGAAGCAAUGAGACCUGCAGCAACUGCAAAGCUUAAGUCUAUUGAAAGUGCUUUGUAUCGAGAGCAUUUGAAAACUUUAAUGCCAUGUCAGGCUGAUUUGCAACUACAGCAGAUUUCAGAGCAUUUUCAAAUAAAAUCUAAGGCAAUAGAAGAUAAAAUGGCUUGUAUACAGACUGCGGAACAACAGAAAGUUCAGAAGCUCCGAGAGGAACAAAGAGCCCAAGAUAUUGAAAAGCAUUGCAUAGGAAGAAGGAGACAAAAUGAAAUAAUGGCCAGGAUUCAAGCAGCCAUUAUACAGGUUCCAAAGCCACCACCAAACCACACCAUAAAAGCUAUUGAAGCCAAAACAUUGUUAAAGAAGAAAAGAGAAGCAGAGGAGACAUACAAGGAGAUUAAAAAAUUUGAGAAUGAUAUACAAGAAUCAUUGCAAACACAGAAGUUGCAAGCAACAACUUUAGAAACUACACCACAGACAGCAACUGAGCUGUUGAGUAUUUAUUCAGAUGAUGAAUACAUAAGAAAAAUUCAAAAACGUUUGGAGGAAGAUACGUUUGCUAGAGAGCAACAAGAAAAGAGACGACGAAAAAUGCUAAUGGACCAGUUAAUAGCACAUGAAAUACAAGAGGAGGCUUACCGGGAGGAGCAACUUAUUUACAGACUAAUGAGACAAUCUCAGCAGGAGCGGAGGGUUGCUGUUCAACUCAUGCAUGUUCGACAUGAAAAAGAGGUGUUAAGGCAAAAUAGAAUUUUCAGGGAAAAACAAUAUGAAGAAAGGCGACUGAAAGAGUUCCAGGAAGCUCUUGAUAGAGAAGCGGCUCUGGCAAAACAAGAAAAAAUUGAUUAUGAAGAACAAAUUAUCAAAGAAAGAGAACAUCAUGAGAAAAUAGCUGUUGAAAGAGCUCAGGCUCGUUAUAAAAAGCAUUAUUGUAUAUGUUGGGAAGUGAUCGACCAAAUCGUUGAUUUGUCAACAAAAGUAGGAGAAUAUCAUAUACUGACAAACAA